AUGAGCCGCCAGGUGGUCCGCUCCAGCAAGUUCCGCCACGUGUUUGGACAACCGGCCAAGGCCGACCAGUGCUAUGAGGACGUGCGCGUGUCACAGACCACCUGGGACAGUGGCUUCUGCGCUGUCAACCCCAAGUUCGUGGCCCUGAUCUGUGAAGCCAGCGGGGGAGGGGCCUUCCUGGUGCUGCCCCUGGGCAAGACUGGACGUGUGGACAAGAACGCGCCCACGGUCUGUGGCCACACGGCCCCCGUGCUGGACAUCGCCUGGUGCCCGCACAACGAUAACGUCAUUGCCAGCGGCUCUGAAGACUGCACGGUCAUGGUGUGGGAGAUCCCCGACGGGGGCCUGGUGCUGCCCAUGCGGGAGCCCGUGGUCACGCUGGAGGGCCACACCAAGCGAGUGGGCAUCGUUGUCUGGCACCCCACAGCCCAGAACGUGCUGCUCAGCGCAGGUUGUGACAACGUGAUCCUGGUGUGGGACGUGGGCACCGGGGCGGCGGUGCUGACGCUGGGCGCGGACGUGCACCCCGACACCAUCUACAGCGUGGACUGGAGCCGGGACGGCGCCCUCAUCUGCACCUCGUGCCGGGACAAGCGCGUGCGCCUCAUCGAGCCCCGCAAAGGCACCGUGGUGGCUGAGAAGGACCGUCCGCACGAGGGGACCCGGCCCGUGCGGGCUGUGUUCGUGUCCGACGGGAAGAUCCUGACCACGGGCUUCAGCCGCAUGAGCGAGCGGCAGGUGGCGCUGUGGGACACGAAGCACCUGCAGGAGCCGCUGUCCCUGCAGGAGCUGGACACCAGCAGCGGCGUCCUGCUGCCCUUCUUCGAUCCCGACACCAACAUCGUCUACCUCUGUGGCAAGGGCGACAGCUCCAUCCGCUACUUCGAGAUCACUGCCGAGGCGCCGUUCCUGCACUAUCUCUCCAUGUUCAGCUCCAAGGAGUCGCAGCGCGGCAUGGGCUACAUGCCCAAGCGCGGCCUCGAGGUGAACAAGUGCGAGAUUGCCAGGUUCUACAAGCUGCACGAGCGCAAAUGUGAGCCCAUCGCCAUGACGGUGCCCAGAAAGUCGGACCUGUUCCAGGAGGACCUGUACCCGCCCACGGCAGGGCCUGACGCUGCCCUCACGGCCGAGGAGUGGCUGGGGGGCCGGGAUGCUGGGCCCCUCCUCAUUUCCCUCAAGGAUGGCUACGUGCCCCCAAAGAGCCGGGAGCUGAGGGUCAACCGGGGCCUGGACACCGGGCGCAGGAGGACGGCACCGGAGGCCAGUGGCGCUCCGAGCUCGGACGUCGUGUCCCGGCUGGAGGAGGAGGUGAGGAAGCUCCAGGCCACGGUGCAGGAGCUCCAGAAGCGCUUGGAUAGGCUGGAGGAGACAGUCCUGGCCAAGUAG